AACGAUGGGCUCCGUAUUUCCAGCUGCGCUGCCGGCAUAGCGUCGGGUGAGGCAACCUCCAGCACCCAGAGCAGUUCCGCUAACCUGAUAUGCAGAUUAAAUGGAGUCUCGUUUAUAUUCUCAUAAUUCUGAAUGUUAUAAUUAGUAUUACAGAGACAGCUCGGUUGGACGUGAGCGAUGCCGCGGUCGGUAUCCGCCCUGCUGCUCGCCGUCCUUUCAGCAGUUCACCUGACUGGUGGGCUCAAUAACGCCGCUGCUCAGGCGCCCGAUGUUGCAUUGAGCCGCUCUGCCGGAGCCGCGUCCAGCAUGGCGCCUGACCGCUCCCUCCUGCCACACGCGGCAGCUUGGAACAGCCACACCUCAGCCGCAGCGGAAUCUGGGGCUGACGCGGACAAACGCGCUGGAGCAAACCGUGAGCUAGAAGAAGCCACGGACGCCGUGGUAGAUGCAGGGAUAGCGAGGUGGCGCCGGGCGCGCCGGCGCCUGUGGCAGCAGCUGCACGCCGGUCAGCAGCUGCACGCCGGUCAUCAGGGGCAGGCGGAACAGCAGCAGCUGGCGUGGCGGCUGUGGCAGCAGCAACAGCAGCAGCAACAGGAAGAUGACGGUGGCAGCGACGGGGACGGUAUGGACCUCGUGGCGUCGGCUGCCGCCGCCGGCGCUGCCGCCGGUGCCGGCGUCAACGGCCCUAGCACGGGUGCAGGAGCAGCAGGGGCGGCAGCAGCUGCAGCCGCCGCCGGCGGGGGCAGUAGCACCGCCCCGGGCGGCGGCAGUAGCGGCAGUAGCAGCACUGCUGCUGUCAUGGCGGGGCUCCACCGGCUGCUGGCGACCGCCAAGCAGCACCGGGCCAAGUCGCCAGAGUCGCACGUGCUGCGCCCGCGGCAGCUGCAGCGAGCCGUGUACCUGGGGGACCUGGAGCGCAUACGCAGCUUCAUGUGGCGCAUGGCGGCGGGUGAGCGGCUGACAGUGGCGCUCCUGGGCGGCAGUGUGACAAUGGGCAUGGGCGCAGUGGUGGGCGAGCCGUCGUACGCGCAGUGGCUGCAGAUGUGGUUUGCCGAGGUCGCACCGGCCCGGCCUGACUCAGGGCUGCCACCAGAGGGCCCGGGCGCGGGGCCGGAGUCGGGGCGCGCGGGGUCGUGGCUGGGGGUGGUGGGGCCGGGGUGGAAUGCCUCCACGGUUCGUGUCAUCAACGCCGCGUGCCCUGCCACCAGCAGUGGCUACAUGAACCUGUGCCUCAAGGAGUACCUGCUGGACGCGCACCCGCCCGACCUGGUGCUGCUGGAGUACGCCAUAAACGACCCGCCCUUCCCGCAGCCGGCAUUCGAGAACGAGCCGCGAAAGAGCCUGGAGCUGCUGCUGCGCAAGCUGCUACUGCUGCCGGGGCGGCCGGCUGUAGCACUGCUCAACGGCUACCGCUGGCAGGGGCAGUUCAUAUUGCCGGGGCCGGCAAAGCGCGACGCGCUGGGCGUGUACUACUCUAACGCGGGUAGCUCAACAUGUGCAGAGUCGGAAUACUUUGAGUUUGCGACCUACUACGGAUUGCAACUACUUUCGCUCAAGGCUGCGGUGUAUCACCAGAUGGUCGCGGGUGUCAGGAGCUUCCGGACCGACCUGACGCGCGCCCAGACACGUGCCAACGCCACGUCUGACAAGAUGGCCUUCUUCUACGAGGACCCCAUCCACCCCACCGGUCUCACCGGGCACAGAGCCAUGGCGGAGUUGAUCAUUGGGAUGCUCGUCAAGGUCGGACGGGGGCUGGUGAUGCGCCCCUGGAGGCAGAGCGAGGAGUCGGUUCGCCUGGCGCCACUACCGCGCCACCUCAUUCCGGGCAACGAGGACUCGGUUAGCGACGUGUGUAUCCUGGGCGACCGCUUGCGAGACAGCGCCGUUGAGCAGAACGGCUUCGCCUGGGUCAACGAGGGCCGAGACCCGCGGGCGCCCAAAUGGGGCUUCACCGCCACACAGCCCGGGGCCAACAUAACCUUCGUGCUGAACACCACCGCCCCCGCCUCCGAUGGCGCCGGGUUUGCAGCUGGCUCUGCUACCGCUGCUGCGUCCAACGCCACGGCGGCGGCGGCGGCGCCUGCACAGAAGCCGCGCUUUGUCAUCCUCAUCCUGGCAUAUCUCAGGAGCUACGAGAACAUGGGCAUGGCUGACAUCCAUUGCGCCGGCGGCUGCGUAUGCGGCACACGUGCAUUGGCGCUGUACGACAAGUACGGCGGCGAGAACGGUACGUCGGCCAUGGCGCCGGCGGCGGCCGCACAGUACGCGGCGGCAGUCGCGGCUGCGGCGGCUGAGGCGCAGACCGGCCUGGCGAUGGCACCAGCGGCACGCCUGGAUGGGCUGUGGGAGCCGCGGGCCUCGCAGCUGCAGCUGGGGUGCGUGCAGGCGCUGCUGAUGACGGCGCCGGCUGGGCAGGCGCCAGGGGCCGGGACAGGGGCGGCUGCCCCUCCUGACAUGGGCUCGUGCCGUGUGCUGGUGCGCGUGGCGCAAGACACCCGGAGCGGGGCCCACAAGGUGAAGCUGGGUGGCCUGAUUGUGAGCGAGUCGUCUCCGGCGCUGGCGUCAGGCAUGUGCAGGGACAACGCGGAGGCCAUGCAGCGGGCCGCCGGGUACCGCGAGUAGCAGUAGCAGGGGCAGCAGCGGCAGCAGCAGUAGCAGGGGCAGCAGGGGCAACAGCAGCCGUGACAGCAGUGUGCGCGUGCUGUGUGUUACGACAAUGGGCGAUGCGGGCGGUGACGGCGCAUUGAACUGGAGAGGGGCGCGGCAGCGGCCGCAGGCCUAAAAGUACGCGUGGUGGAUGGAGGGCAGGGUGACGGAGCUGAUCAGCUGGAUCAGCAGCCGGCGCGGUGCUGGCGGUAGAAUACUGAUGGCCACAGAGCACAGGAGCAGGGGCGGUGUGUGGUGGGGUUGCGAGGUUAGAGCAGUUGGAACAAGGUGGGCUGGUGGGGUAUGACCUUGCGACUAGCUACAGUGCCGUAUGCAAGUUGAUAUGAUGGUGCGCUUCCACCCAGUCCAUGCUACCCUGCACAGUCCGCGCUAUCCUGGCCAGUCCAUGGACAUGUGAUGCGGACUUGUGUGCACGUGCGCCGGGUGAAGUUUCGGUGCGCUGCACGUCUGCAGGGCCAAUGCGGGCCAAGUGAUUACAUGUUGAGCAGCCGUGCACUUCUGCUCUGCCACUGCGAACUGUUUGCCGUCUGCUUGGGGUAUGGGCAUCAGCUGCACCCUACGGGACCUCG